AUGCAGAUCACCAAGAUUGCUCUUUUCCUGUUCGCUGCCAUGGGCGCAGUUGCUAGCCCCAUCGAAGCUGAAGCCGAGUCUGGCAUCAAUGCUAGAGCCGAGAAUGGUGCCAACGUUCUGUACACCGGACAAUGCUUCAAAAAGGACAACAUUUGCAAGUACAAAGUCAAUGGAAAGCAAAAUAUCGCCAAGUGCCCUAGCGCCGCCAACAAGAGGUGCGAGAAGGAUAAGAACAAGUGCACAUUUGAUUCUUACGACAGAAAGGUCACCUGUGACUUCCGCAAGUAA